AUGGGUAUCUUCGAGAAGGGCUGGGAGAAGCCGUCGCCGAUCCAGGAGGCGAGCAUCCCGCAGGCACUCAGCGGCCGAGACGUGAUCGCGCGGGCCAAGAACGGCACGGGCAAAACGGGCGCCUACUGCAUCCCCGUGCUCAGCCAGGUGGACCCGAAAAUCGACGCCAUCCAGGCGUUAAUCAUGGUGCCAACCCGCGAGCUGGCUCUGCAGACUAGUCAGAUAUGCAUCGAGCUGGCCAAACACGUGGGCACCAAGGUGAUGGUAACCACGGGCGGCACAGUGCUCAAGGACGACAUCAUGCGCAUCUACCAGAAGGUGCACAUGAUCGUGGCCACGCCGGGCCGCAUCCUGGACCUGAUGGAGAAGCAGGUGUGCAAGAUGGACCACUGCAAGACGCUCGUGCUCGACGAGGCGGACAAGCUGCUCUCGCAGGACUUUAAGGGCAUGCUGGACCGUCUGAUCUCGUUCCUGCCGGCGUCGCGGCAGGUGCUGCUCUUCUCGGCCACCUUCCCGCUCACAGUCGAACAGUUCAUGUCUGAACAGUUCAUGGUAAGUAGUGCACGGGUCCAAACCCCCACCUUCCCGCUCACAGUCGAACAGUUCAUGCGGAAACACCUGCGGGAGCCGUACGAGAUCAACCUGAUGGACGAGCUGACGCUGAAGGGUGUCACACAGUACUACGCCUUCGUCCAGGAGAAGCAGAAGGUGCACUGCCUCAACACGCUCUUCUCCAAGCUUCAAAUCAACCAGAGCAUCAUCUUCUGCAACAGCACACAGCGCGUCGAGCUGCUGGCCAAGAAAAUCACCGAGCUGGGCUACUCGUGCUACUACAUCCACGCGCGCAUGCAGCAGUCGCACCGCAACCGGGUCUUCCACGACUUCCGCGCCGGCCUCUGCCGCAACCUCGUCUGCUCCGAUCUCUUCACGCGCGGUAUCGACAUUCAAGCGGUCAACGUGGUCAUCAACUUCGACUUUCCGCGCAUGGCGGAGACGUACCUGCACCGGAUCGGCCGCUCGGGUCGGUUCGGCCACCUGGGAAUCGCCAUCAACCUCAUCACCUACGAGGACCGGUUCAGCCUGCACCGCAUAGAGAGUGAGCUCGGCACCGAGAUAAAGCCCAUCCCCAAGGUGAUCGACCCGGCCCUGUACGUGGCCGAGUGCCACCAGGAGGCCGAUCCGGAGCUGGAGGCGGCGCAGGCGCGCCAGUAGGCGCCGCCACCACCCACUGUACAUAGGCGGCGCGCCGGCGCCGGCCACAACCGUUUCUGACUCCGUUUUUCUAGCGAUAAGACUGCGCCGACGCGCGGCGAAUUGGCCGGCACCAGCCAUCUCACUCUCCGCUGUCUCCCCUCGAAAUUCGUCGCUGCUCGACCCGGCCGCGGACAGGGCAACAUAUCGGCCGGCGCAGCUACCGCGGCGCCCCCUCCUAGUGGCGAGUCGCCGCUCGCAAUACAGAAGACUAUGAGGCGCACCUCCGGGUGCCAGGCGGCGUCAGAAGGAACACGCGAACCGUCACGUCUGUCAAGGGAAGUGUUUGCAGCCGCGCGACUCUGAAGCAGGUCAGCGAGUGACCGUGAGCGCGCUCCCACGAGGCGCUCGACUCAUUAUUUAAGCUUAUCUGUACACAUCCAGUGCUCCCGUGGUUAUUUGAGAAGGCACUGUCCCUGGCCGGUAACUAUAUUGCAGCAUUGCGUCCUUUAACCGGAAGAGCGAUUAUUUUGCGUUAUUUGGCGUGGUUGACGUCCCAUUUGGAGCCGGCUACCAUUGUAACAGUUGCUCUCUGAGAAGUGAGGGGCGCUCUUUGUUGGCUCAUUGCGCGGCGCCCUGGCCGGUGGGGCUGUGCGGUUUCGGACGGCGCCAGCUGCGCUCUGUUGGCGGCCACAUGAACAGACAUGUCCGAGUUUAGAAGUGAUAUGGGACACAGGUGCGAGACUUAUGGGACGCGAGUGUAAGACGUAUGGGACGCGAGUGUGAGACGUAUGGGACGUAUGGGACGCGAGUGAGUUGGUGAGUGAGGCGCGGGUGUCAGUUGGUGAGUGAGGCGCGAGUGUGCGACAUGUGUAUGUGCCGCGAGUGCGGUGUGAGGUGUGGCGUGUGUGUGUUGUGCGCGCGCGCGCGGCCGUCUGCCGGCGCGCGCGUCUGCCGCCAGUGGUGACCGAGUGGUGCGCGGCGAGGGACCAGGAGCGCGCGCGGCAGGCCCUCAGUGCUGUGAUCAAGGUCGGAGCUGCGGCGGCUCCAGCGUACAAAGACGGUCCGGCGUCCGCUCCGGGCCGGGCCGGGGCCAAAUCGGGCGGGCGUGUAACACCUCUCGGCCAGUGACGGGACGCGACACCAGUGACGGCGGCUCGACCGCCUCCAAAUUGUAACGGGAGGGGGGACGGGUGUCUGGCUGCUGUGGGGCUCAGGGGUCCCUGCCGGACGGCCGUGCGGUAUCUAACGAAACGGACCCGCCGAGCUCUCUUUGGCCGACGGGCCGGGGCUGUUUGCGACCAGGGACGUGUUUCGGCCAACCGUGAUAAAGUGAUUGUAGUGUGCCGCCGGCAGCGGACGGGGACGGGUCAGUGGAGAGCCCGGCCGGCUCUCCCGGAUGUAACUACGGACUUGAAAAAGAGGCGUGUCUGCGGUUUUAGGCGGAAAUCGUUGUGCUGAGACCUGAACAUGUUGUCUGGGUUCCUGACCCUCUGGGUGGUAUUCUCUUCUGACUUGUGUAGUGCUCGUUUGUUGCGGCCAAUAAAGUGAAAUCGCCUCCA